AUGAUAGACUGCAUCAGUAACAUCAUGUUUUACACAAUGUCAUCAUGCUGCCAACAGUUUCUGGGUCUGACCCUGAUGGUUUUAAUUACACGAUCAACAGUGAGCUGCCCAGCUCGAUGUGAAUGUGCAGCUCAAAUUAGAUCAGUGGUGUGCCACAGAAAGCGACUGACAGCUAUUCCAGACGGCAUUCCCACAGAAACGAAAAUACUUGACCUGAGCAAAAAUAGACUGAGGUGCAUCAACUCAGGGGACUUGGCAGCAUUUCCUCUCUUGGAAGAGAUUGACCUGAGUGAGAAUAUCAUCACAAACGUCGAACCCGGAGCUUUCAGCAACUUGUUCAACCUGAGGUCCCUGCAGCUUCGUAGCAACCAGCUGAAACUGAUCCCAACCGGGGUGUUCAGCAGACUGAGCAACUUAACCCGCCUGGAUCUCAGUGAGAACAAGCUGGUGAUUCUCCUGGAUUACAUGUUCCAGGAUUUGAGGAAUUUGAAACACCUGGAAGUUGGGGACAAUGAUCUUGUCUACAUUUCCCAGCGGGCCUUCAGUGGCUUGGUGAGUCUGGAGCAGCUCACCAUCGAGAAAUGCAACCUGACCUCGAUUUCUGCCGAAUCUUUGUCCUACCUGCAGAGCCUGAUCACACUCAGGCUGCGCCACCUCAGCAUCAGCUUUCUGGAAGAGCAGAACUUUCGGAAACUGUACAACUUGAAGGAGCUGGAGAUUGACUACUGGCCACUUCUUGACACCAUGACUCCCACAACCCUGUACGGCCUGAACCUCACGUUUCUCUCCAUCACUAGCACUAACCUUUCCAGUGUCCCCUCUGGGGCCUUCAGGAAUCUGAUCUAUCUCCAAUUGCUGAACCUGUCCUACAAUCCUAUCAGCAGCAUUGAAUCGGGCUCUUUCCGUGAUUUAAUCCGCCUCCAGCACUUGUACAUGGUCAGCACUAUGCUCGCCACCAUCGAGCCGCAUGCUUUCCUCGGCCUAAGGCAACUAAAAGUGCUGAACAUCUCCAACAACUUCUUGGUGACCCUGGAAGAAAGCGCUUUCCAGUCGGUGGCCACCCUGGCGGUGCUGCGUUUGGAUAGCAACCCACUGUCCUGUGACUGCCGCCUCCUGUGGCUCCUGCACAGGAGGAAGACGCUGAGUUUCGAGGGCAGCCAGCCGGUCUGUGCCUCCCCAGCAGAUAUCCAGGGCAGCGAGUUGAAAGACUUCGAGGACUCCGCCGUCCACAGCUAUUUCACCUGCCAAAAGCCCAAAAUCCGGGACAGGAAACCUCAGCGAGUCACCGCCGGGGAAGGGCAGACAGUCUAUUUCACUUGUAGGGCUGAUGGGGAACCAGCUCCUGUUAUCAUGUGGGUCUCUCCCCAGAGGAGGAUGAUCACCAGUAAAAGUAACGGCAGAAUAACCAUCCUGCCCGGUGGUACCCUGGAGAUCCGCUUUGUCCAAGUCCAUGACAGUGGCACUCACAUCUGCAUCGCGAGUAACGCCGGAGGCAACGAUACCUCAUUCGCUGUGCUGACUGUGAAGGGACGGCCAGCAGACGGUGCCCUGUAUGCUAACAGGACAGCAUACCUCACAGAGUUCAACGAGACUGCGUUCAAUGACACACAGGUGUUCCUGAAGUUCACACUUGACGUGAAAACCAUCCUGGUCUCCACAGCCAUGGGGUGCAUCACCUUCUUAGGGGUGGUGCUGUUCUGUUUCCUGCUCCUGUUUGUGUGGAGCCGAGGAAGGGGCCACCACAAAAACAAUUUCUCCGUUGAGUACUCCUUCCGCAAGGUCGAUGGCCCCACAGUCAGUGGCGGACAAGGAGGAGCCAGGAAAUUCAACAUGAAGAUGAUUUAAAUCACCUUAAUUCAACAUGAAACGGAGCCCGUGUGUAAACUAGGGGUGACAGUUUUUUUCAUGGUCAACAGAGAGAUUGUUUAACUCAUAUAAACCUGCUUAUCAUGUUAUAAUAAUAAGCAUAACUGAUACGGUGUGAAUUAAUCUUCAUUGAUGGCUCAAAUGAGAG